CAUGAUCGCACGUCGAGAGCUGAUUGUUGUAGCGUCGUGAGAAAUGGCAGGAGAUAUCUGACGUUCUUUGAAUUCCGUCUUGCCGUCUCGGUUGCCGGCGCGAUGUUUGGGUGGGGCAGCGGCAGCAAGAAGGACAAGGAUGACGGGAAGGGGAGUCAGCAGGAGGAGGUCAUGGCGGAGCUCAUGCAGAAGUGCGCCGACUACGAGCUGGAGGUGUCAAGUCUCAAGCAGCGCAUCAUGAAGAUGGACGCCGCCAUGGAGGACAGGGACGAAACCAUACAGCAACUCAAGUGACCAUAGGACAGACAGACAGACAGUGGGACACGGCGAUGAUAUCUAACUCUGUGUGAGUGAGUGUAUGCAUGCAGGACGUCUCUGGGUGUGGCCACUUCCCUGAACACCCGGGGCAGCAAUGCCCAGCUCGAGGAGGCCAGAGAGGUCGGUGUGUCGGCAAGAGUGCAUGUGCGUCAGUCAAUUCAAUGUGCGUGCCUUUUCACUUCACGUGGGUCGGUGCACAUCAUAUCCCGUGUGCAGCAAGUCAAGGUGCUUCAGAGGGAGGUGGCGUCCAUCUCUGAGGAGAAGGGACACCAAAAGGCCAGGGAGGUGAGCGACAAAGGCCGCAGGGAUCAAAAGAGAAAGGCGGGCGUCUCCUCUCCUCCCUCUGCACCCUCCCCUUUCUGUAUGGGAUCUCUAUGGUUGGCUUCAGAAGGAGCUCUCGGACCGUGUGUCAGCUCUCUUGCAAGACCUGAAAGACGCGCACGAGGAGAGAGACACCAUCAGACAGAACCUGGUACUGUCGACAAAAACGGGAUACACGAUGCUCGGCUGAUUCAUGCCGUUUGGUAUUCUUCCUUUCAUCAGGAUGCUACACUGAGAUCGCAGGAGGGUGCCGAAGCUGAGUUGGCGGCACUGCGAAAGACGAGCAAGGACAUGGAGGUGAUGAAAGGUGCUCAUUAGCAGGCUCUAUCUGCAGUGUGCCGAUCGUGAUGCAUCCGUGCAGGGGCAGUUGAGCGCCCUUCAAGUGGCGAAAGCCGCGCUUGAGAAGGGGCGGCAUGAGGCCACGGACACCACUGAGCGGCUGCAGAUGGAGCAUUCAGAAGUGCUGAAAGAGAAGGUACGUAUCUGCAGACCAGGAUGAUGUGUCGAAAGAGUCCGUUGCCAUUGAUCGCACAUCGCUUCAGGAGGAGCUCUCGGACCGUGUGUCUGCUCUGCUGCAAGAUCUCAAGGAUGCACACGAGGAGAGAGACACCAUCAGACAGAGCCUGGUACUUUCGGCGGACAGCUGGGCGCUCCGCUCGGUCAUGCCGUCGGGGAUUCUUUGACUCUUCCAUGGUCAUCAGGAUGCUGCACUCAAAUCGCAGGAGGGCGCCGAAGCUGAGUUGGCGGCACUGCGAAAGACAAACAAAGACAUGGAGGUACGAUAGAUAGCGGCUGAGGAACAAAGACCGUGCUGUGCUCAUCCGCCGUGAAUCCAUGUGUGCAGGGGCAGUUGAGCGCUCUUCAAGUCGCCAAGUCUGCCUUUGAGAAGGGGCAGCAUGAGACCGCUGAGGCCGCUGAGCGGCUGCAGAGGCAGCACUCAGACGUGCUUAAAGAGAAGGUAGGCACCGACCGGCCAAGAUGCGUUUCCAUUGGUUCAACUCACAUCUGCUUGCAUCCCGUACGUGUCUGCAGGAGGCACUGGCUGAGCGUGUGCACGAGCUAGAGGUAUCCAGCCAAACUCGUCUGUCUCCCCUGCCACCCGUCCAUUCCAUCCAUGUGGCUGCUUGCUUUAAUGAAUGAAUUGUGUGUAUGCAGGAGGAGAGCAGGAGCUCCGUUCAGGCGCGUGAGGAGUUGGUGCGUGUGCGUCGUGAGCUGGACGAGGCGAUGCAGCAGAAGAUGCAGCUGGGCCAGCAGCUGGAGGACCGUGACAGACAGCUCACCCAACUCAAGGGACUACAGGUCUCUAAGCGUGGCUUGUAGUCCGCAUCCACCCACUUUGUAUGCCUGUGGGUGGCUGUGGGUGGGUGCUUGGAUGGCUGCAGGACGUGCAUGCAGAGGAGACUCAGCGGCUGACCAACGACCUCAUUCAAGAGAGGGAGGCGCGCCGGCACAAAGAGGUGACACACAAGACUAUCACUCUUUCUACCCGCUACGCUGUGCUUUGCGUCAUCCACACACAUGCACUGCACACACGUGUAUAUGUAUGUGGAUUGAUUGCAGGAGGAGUUGACGGCGGAGGUCAAGUCGCUCCAGGAUGCGGACCGAGGUCUCCGCGCAGAGCUUGAGGUGUAUAGGAAACAGACCGAGGGCCAGGGGGAGGAGUUGCAGCACCUCUCCCAACUCAUCACAGAGAAUGCACGACUCAAGGUAGGUAUGCACGUGUCAGUAUGUGUGUGCCACCACACAAUCAAACCAACACCCACCCUCCUCAUAUAUAUCUCUCUCCGAAAAGGCCCAGGUGGAGACUCUUUCAGCGGACAAGGGCGCCCUGGAGGGUGAGCUUCAGCGGCUCAAGGCGGGUGAGAGUGAGCUGCAGAAGGAGAAGGACGAGCUGCAGGACAAGUACAACACGCGACUCGCCACACUGCAGGUGGCCAUGGCCACCAAGAAUGCACUCGAGGUGGGUGGGUUGGGGGGUGGAUGGGCACACACCAAGGUCUACGAUUAGGAAGAUACACCGUCCUCAUGCAGGAGAGCAGCAACGAGGCUCUGCAGCAGAAGGAUGAGCUAAUCAAGAGCAUGGAGGAUGACAAGGUAGGUAGGUGCACUGGCCGGCCGAUAGAUACCCGAGGAGCCAUCAAUGUUGCAUCCAUCUCUCUGUCUUGUGCCUCAGAGCGCUGUCGAGAAAGAGUGUGAAGCCCUUCGCCAGGAAAACGUAUACAAUCAUCCCUCAUAUGGGAGCCCAUUCAUACCUGCAUUUGUGUGCCUGCCUGUGUGCUUCUUCAGGCCACCCUCAAGUCUGAUUUGUCCGAGGCCGAGUCGCAGUCUAACGAGCUGCUGGCACAGCUCAACGAGGCGCGAUGGGCCAAGGAUGAGGCAGAGGAGAAGGCCAGACAAGCCGAGGUACCGCCAUUGACCACGACAGCACACAGGCAGCUUCUGUGAAUGUGUGUACUCUGUAUGGUGACGCCCAAACAGGCCGCCAUGAAGGAAGCUGAGGCGACGCGAUCUGCAGCAAAAGAGACACAAGAGGAGAAAAAGAGGGAGCUAGUCGCUCUGCGGCAGCAGGUGGACGACCUCAGGCAGCAGAACGUGAGAAGAUCAAGGAACGACCUUAUCUAUUCACCGCAGCCAGCGACUGUCCUAUUUUCCUGUGUCUACCCACGCAGUCGUCUCUGCAAGACACGGCAGAGAAGAGCUCGCAUAAGGCGGAGAUCAUGCGCAAACAGGUCGAGAGCAUCACAGCGGAAAAGGCCGUGAUCCUCAGCCAAAAGGUCAGCAACCACUCCCCCACCGCUCAGCCCUGUCUGUCCAUCUAUCCACCCUCUGUUUGUUCAGGUAGCCUUGAGUGAGCGUGUGGAUGCAGCCGAGCAUGAGAUAGAGAGGCUGAGGUCCGAGCAUCAGCUGUCGAUGAACGAGAGGGCGAGGCAGCGCGAGACCGAGCUCCAGGGCGAGAUUGAGGGGCUCAUGAAGAGCCUACAGGAGAGCGAGCAGAACAGACUCCAGCUGCAGAAUGACCUGGUACACUCGUGCGCGUGUGCCCUCUAAAAGGUGACAGCUGUCUCCGUGUGUGUGUGUGUGUGUGUGUUUGUGUGUUCGUCAGGAUGAGGCCCAGCAGGCAAUCAAGGACCUCCGAGUGAGCACAGUUCAGGGCACACCUUGAUGAACCAUGUGCACGUUCGGUUGUGUAUCGCAUAAUACAUGCAGGAGCAGCUGACAUUCUCCCAGGAGGAGAGGAAGACCGUGCAGGAUGAGAGAGAUGCCCUGCUGGAGCAGCAGGUAGGUGUAGCACGUACCUUCUCUCAAACGAGUCGCCUAUUCUCCCUCUCUCCAUGCCUGAUCCCUCAGGCCGUGUUGAGCACCCAAGUUGCGGACAAACAGCAGCAAAUCGAGGAAAUCGAACACGAAAAGGUACCUACAUACCAAAGAAGGGCGAUUGGUCCCCUCCUGCCACAAACACACUCCGACACACUAUUCCUUCCCUCUGCAGGCAUCCCAAGCAAGAAAAUACGAGUCUCUCGAGGGAGAAUUCAACGCCAAAAGCGUAGGCAGACAGAAAGCUUAUCAUCCCUUAUCUAUCUAACCGCGCAUUAGCUGCUUGUUCGGUCGGCAUGCAUCGAUCAGGAUGCACUUGGGCUGCUGCAGAGUGACUUCGAUCGCAUCAACAAGGAGAACGGACAGCUCCUGCAGGACAAGGUGCGUCGGACAAAGGAGACACGAGACAGCCCGGAGCACCCCUUGCCUGCACGUUAUGUUUGGCUGCAGGCUGGCAUGAGUGAGCAGCUGGCAGAGAUCGAGACACACUCGGUGAGACAGACAGACUGAUGGAGCUCACCUCACGCCUCCUCUCAUUGUCUGCCGCUCCUGUCCUCUGUUCGUUCGCAGCGCAAUAAAGAAGAGGAGACCCAGAAGUUGCAGGGGGAGGUCCAGGAACUGAUCCAACAAAAGGUCCAACCAACGCCAGUCGACAAAAGCGUGUCGCUCGUAUUGCCAAGUCUGUUUGUUCCGUCUGUCUCGCUUGCAGGUUGCCUUGGUAGAGCAGUUGGGUCAGCGGUCGCGCGCGGCACCGGCAGAGGCUGAGUCACGGGUCGAGGAUCUGCAGGAGAAGGCUCGACAGCGGGAGGCCGAGCUGCAGGGACAGAUCGAGGGCCUGUUGGAAGGCAUGCAGGAGAGCGAGAAGUCCCGCAUAGCGCUCGUGGAGGAGCUCGACGCCACCAAACAGUCUGAACAGACACUCAGGGAGGAGCUGCAGACACUCAGACGGAAAAGCCGCGAGGAGGUACCUCCCACCUUCACACGCCGAGUGCUGACAGUGAGUGACAUGCACACGUGUGUCUGUGUGUGUGUGCGUGUGUGGGAUUCUCAGGAGGGUUUGCGCACAUUCGCCGCCUCGACCCUAGCAGCAGAGCAAGCCAAGGAGCUGGAGACCCUCAAACAAGAAAACACCACACUGCUGCAGCAACAGGUGGACCGACUGACACCAAUAACAAGCCACUUGAAAAGAGGUUCUCUCUCUCUCUCUCUGUGUGUGUGUGUGUGUGUGUAUGUGUGGCUGUCAGACCUUGUUGAGCACCAAGCUCAAUGAGGCCGACAAGGAGCGAGAUGCGCUGAGCAGCAUUCAGCAGGAUCUCAACGAGGUGGCGGCUGAGCUCGAGCAGAAGGCCAUCGACUUGGAGCGCGAUGUCAAGGACAAAGACGACAUCAUCCAGCAGAGGGAAGCCGAGAUCCUCGCCCUUCGCGACACUGCUGCUGUGUCGACACAGCAGGAGCAGCGCAUUCGCGAUCUGGAGGAGGAGAGGGCAUCUCUGGUCACGGCCAACCAACAGCUCCAAGGCGAUAAGGUGCCCGCUUCAGCAGCCAAUAAACAUUGACGAACAUACAUCAUCGAUCCCUUUCUGGCUGGGCUGUGUCAGGAGGGACUGGUGCAGAGAGUGCAGGCUCUCCAAUCUGACCUUGCUGCCGUCAGGACACGCCGCAUCGCACACCCCGACCUCCCUGCCGCCGACUGGGAGUCCACUGCCGAUGUGCCUGCAGCCCGGCGGCCGGACACUGCUGUGAUGGAGACACAGACCGACACUGUGGGUGAUGAGCAGCGACACAUCGAGAGGGUAGGGGAAAAGCUCACACCCACCAAAGGGACACCAUAUAUAUGGUGAGAAUGCAGGUCGUGUAUGUGUAUGUGUGGGUUUCUUGGUCAGGUUGAGGGUGGGGGCAUUGUUGUCGAGGCUCUGCAGGCAGAGAUUGAGCAACUCACUGAAGAAAAGGUAUCGACAACACACAACCAACCUACGCCUACCUGACGCAAAACAAAUACACACAUACACAUGUAUGUCUGCAGUCAUCGCUGCAGUCGGAGCUGAUGGAGAGCAUCCGACAGAUAGACGAGCUCAAAGCGCAAGAGACCGAGCUAUCGGCGAAUCUGCAGCAGGAGCAUGACGAGCGCAGGGCCGAAACCGACCGCUGGGUGCAACAAUUCGCUUCCCUGCGGGAAGAGAAGGUGAAUAGGGGAUGGAUGCGACAGACAGUCAACCAUGUCAGAUGGGAGGGAUCGGGAUGGAUGCUGGUCUGCGGCAGGCCGCGAUGCUCCAGUCUCUGUUUGAGAAGUGCACCGCACUGGGCGACGAGCACCACCGGCUUAAAGCAUGGGUCCAGACAGAGGUACACACACAUUAAGGACAGUGCAACCCACGGAUGCGCACCUCUCCCCGACGCACACAGGUCCAGCGAACAUACAGGGUCCUGGCGAGCAUGAUCGCGUCAUCUGCGGCGUCGCUUGUGCCGGCCACCGGUGUUUCUGUGGCCCUCGAGCAUCCUGUGCAGACGGAGGACAAGGGGCAGGAGACCGACGUCGCACCCGAGUACGAGACGCCGCCCCUCGAGGAGAUCGUGGAAAAGACCGAACGGGUUGGACGAACGAAGUGCGCUGUGUCUACAACGGCGCCUGUGUCUGUCUAUGUGUCUCUCUCUCAUCAGGAUGUGAUGAAGGUGUUGGGUGAUCUGACUGUGGCAAUGGAUGGCCUCAAGACGGAACAGCUGAUUGAGGUGCAGGGAGGACAGACAGCCACGCCACCAGUGACAGCAGGAGCCACCACCGCACAAGAGGUAGAAAGACAAAGAAGAUCCGCAGACAGACCGCCUUGUCGACCAUGUCUCUCUCCAUGGCUUUUUGUUUCUGUGUGUGCGUCUCGUCUCCUCUAUGUGUCAGCUGGACCGUCACAAGCAUCUGCAGCACCUUCACCGCCACCUGGCCGAGAUCUUCAUGCAUCAAAUCGCAAAGGACAGAGCCGCCACCGGUCCUCAAUACGCUGUCGCCCGCCCCUCUCACACGCGGCAUUCGAAUGCGCGGCAGCUGCGGAGCCGCCUCAAGCACCUGAGGAGCCGGGUGGAGAGCAACAUCGAGAGGGCCAAGGUACACCAAAAAAAGCGAUAGACAGACCGCCGAGCUCAUUAAUCAACAUGCCUUCUGUGUCUCCAUGGCACCAGGUGUGGAUCGGCACGUACGAGUCGCCUCAUGGCGCACCGCCCCUCCCCCCGUCGUAUGUGUACCCCAGCAGCAUCAACUUCUCUUCCUUUGCUCAGCCACAGAGGAAGGACGGCGGACGGAUCGCAGCAUACACACCGCAGCCAAGGAGAAAUGUCCCCGAGAGACGCCAGUCCGACAUUUUGGAUGAGCAGCCUAGAAGUCGCGUGGGGUUCGAAGGCAGAAGGUACGAUUGCAUGCGCUUUCGCUCGUCACACGAGACCCAUGUCAUGUUGGUGUCACUGUGUUGUGCAUGCAGCUUUGGGGCGGCUGUGCGGGAUGCGAGAGGCGUCGGCCGUCCCAUCACUGGUGUGCUCAUCGAUCCGAGCCUUUGAUUGAGACACAAAUGUGCGUUUGACUGUCACGCGGGGGGCAUUACUCUCCUUACUGUUCGGACCAUCGUGGGUGUACGUCUACAUGGAAUCUGUCGAAGGUGCAGUGCAUCGCACGCAUCCUGUCUGUCUGUCUAUCUGCGUGGGGUCGUUGACGUACGUACGUACGUAUGAUAUGCAC